UGACACAUUUCCAUAAUGUAUUUUAUUUCCAGCAGAGGGACACACAAGCAGGAAUAUCUCAGAAGGACAUCUAAUGUUAUCCCUGGAUUCUGAAAUAACCGAUAAUGACAGUAGACAGGAUUAUCCAGGAGCUAACCCCAUUACCCCAAUUAUUCAUCCAGGUCUAUCAGCUGAUCCCCCUGAUCCUGGGAAAUGUUCUCCUGAUCACGCUUAUAUUGGUGCAUCUGUUACAGCUCUAACAGUAGAUACAGUGUUUCCAUGUUCUAUAGAUGCCAAAUGUUUUACACAGAACACAAAGCUUCAUCAGCCAGCUAAGGCAGGUGAGAGGCCAUUUCCAUGUUCUGAGUGUGGGAAAUAUUUUACAUGCAAAUCAGCUCUUGUUACACAUCAGAGAAGACACACAGGUGAGAAGCCAUUUCCAUGUUCUGAGUGUGAGAAAUGUUUUGCAUGGAAAUCAAAUCUGGUUACACACCAGCAAAUUCACACAGGUGAGAAGCCAUUUCCAUGUUCUGAGUGUGAGAAAUGUUUUGCACGGAAAUCACAUCUUGUUAGACAUCAGCAAAGUCACACAGGUGAGAAGCCAUUUCCAUGUUCUGAGUGUGGGAAAUGUUUUGCACAGAAAUCAGAACUUGUUAUACAUCAGAAAAGUCACACAGGUGAGAAGCCAUUUCCAUGUACUGAGUGUGGGAAAUGUUUUGCACAUAAAUCAGACCUUGUUAAACAUCACAGAAGUCACACAGGUGCAAAGCCAUUUCCAUGUUUUGAGUGUGGGAAAUGUUUUGCAAUCAAAUCAGAUCUUGUUAAUCAUCAGAGAAGUCACACAGGUGAGAAGCCGUUUUCUUGCUCUGAGUGUGGGAAAUGUUUUUCCUGGAAAUCACUACUUGUUAUACAUCUGCGAAGUCACACAGGUGAGAAUCCAUUUCCAUGUUCUGAGUGUGGGAAAUGUUUUCAACACAAAUCACAUCUUGUUACACAUCAAAGAAUUCACACAGGUGAGAAGCCAUUUCAAUGUUCUGAGUGUGGGAAAUGUUUUAUCCAGAAAUCACAACUUGUUAUACAUCAGGGAAGUCACACAGGAGAAAGGCCAUUUCCAUGUUCUGAGUGUAGGAAAUGUUUUACAAACAAAUCGAAUCUUGUUAGACAUCAGAGAAGUCACACAGGUGAGAGGCCAUUUUCAUGUUCUGAGUGUGGGAAAUGUUUUGCACGGAAAUCAGUACUUGUUGAACAUCACAGAAGUCACACAGAUGAAAAGCCAUUUCCAUGUUCUGAGUGUGGGAAAUGUUUUGCACACAAAUCAGAUCUUGUUAUACAUCAGAGAAGUCACACAGGUGAGAAGCCAUAUUCCUGUUCUGAGUGUGGGAAAUAUUUUGCACAGAAAUCAUAUCUUAUUACACAUCAGAGAAGUCACACAGGUGAGAAGCCAUAUUCCUGUUCUGAGUGUGGGAAAUAUUUUGCACAGAAAUCAUAUCUUAUUACACAUCAGAGAAGUCACACAGGUGAGAAGCCAUUUUCUUGCUCUGAGUGUGGGAAAUGUUUUAUACGGAAAUCACAACUUGUUACACAUCAGCGAAAUCACACAGGUGAGUGGCCAUUUCCAUCCUCUGUGAAAUAAAUCAGCACAAUAGACAUCACUUGGAAACUAUUGUACUCUUCUGGAGUAUACUUAACAUUGCCAUGCAUUGUUCUUCAAGGUUCUUAUCUCCUAUGCUUUUUGCAAUAUACAUGCUACAACUGGGUGAUAUAAUCAGAUGUCAUGCCCUUAUCUACCACUGCUAUGCAGAUGACUUGUCUUUUGCUCCGGAUACUGAGAACCCAGUACCAAUCCUAAAUGGUUGUCUAGCUGAGCUCCAUGUGUGGGUGAUGCCAGUUGGCUGUGACUCAGUCCUGGUGAAACAGGUCCUUAUGGUAGAAGCUCACCAACAAAAGGCAGGGCUACAGCUCAGCUUUGCAAACCAACCAGACUUAUGCUUGUGGGUUCAGAGUUACAAAAUGCUGAUCAUGUGGAAUCUUGGUGUCCUGGAUGGUGGAGUGACACUUAGAUAUCAGGUAUCAUCCACAAUCCGAUCCUCAUCUGAGGAACAUAGCCAGACUCCAGCACUUUAUUCCCUCAGAAGAUCUACCUACAGUCAUACAUGCACUUGUAUCAUCAUGCAUAGACUACUGCAAUGUCCUCUACCUGGGUCUCCCAGCAAAAGAAUUGCACCACUUGUGGCUUGUACAGAAUGCAGCAGCCAGUCAUAUCUAACCGGCCCGUUCCUGCCACAUAACACCCAUUCUCUUCUCCCUUCACCGGCUGCCUGUAAGAUGAUGACUUACAUAAUCUUACUGACUCUCCCAUCCCUACAUGACCAGGGUCCAUGGAACCAGAAGCAGCUUCUGCCUCCUUACUGCCUGGUUUCUUCCGUCUGCAGAUGAAGGACUGUUACCACCAGUACCAAGAAUCCCCAAGAAAUUCUGAA